AAAGAAGGUGUAAAAAUUACCCUUUCCUCUUCUAACUACCUCAGAAUCAGAUCUAUUUUCAAAGUAGGUACCCGUUUGUGGAUUUACACAUAAACCAUGUUCAUAGCUCCCUCUCAUGACCACUGAAUACUAUACAAGCCUCUUUUUAUUCUUGCUGUUGUAUUCAACUAACAGCUCACUGGUUAAGUUUUAAUUGCUUCCAAUGAGGUCAGCAAAGGUAUUUAUCGAAAAGCGCUGAAUAAAAAGGCUCCACACACACACACACAAGCAUACACGCGCUCACACACAGAAAGAAAAUCCUCUUGCCUGUUGAUUUAUGGAAACAAUUAUGAUUCUGCUGGAGAAUUUCUCAGCUGAGAAAUAGUUUGUAGCUACAGUAGAGAGGCUCAAGUUGCACAAGGCAGACAACAGACAUGGAAUUCUUGUGUAUCCAGCUGUUAUAAACAGAACAAAAGCCAAGUAGCAAACAGCAUCGCAGCAACUGAGUUUAUUACAACCUGUUUUUAUAAGGAUAUAUCAGAGUUACUUAAGGAGGAAUCCUAUAUUUUAUCAGGAACUAAAAGGAUAAGUCUAACAUUUGGAAAGAGCAACUACUCUUUCUUAAAUCAAUCUGCAAUUCAAAGAUAGGAAGAGGUCAAUGACCUAGGAAUAACAAUCAACUCAAGAUUUAAUUUUCAUUAUGUUAUUCAUGAACACCCGGAGCACUACACUAUAAUGCACAAAUGGAUACUGACAUGGAUCCUGCCAACUUUGCUCUACAGAUCAUGCUUUCACAUUAUCUGUCUAGUGGCCACUAUAUCUUUAGCUUGCAAUGACAUGACUCCAGAGCAAAUGGCUGCAAAUGUGAACUGUUCCAGCCCUGAGCGACAUACAAGAAGUUAUGAUUACAUGGAAGGAGGGGAUAUAAGAGUGAGAAGACUUUUCUGUCGAACACAGUGGUAUCUGAGGAUUGAUAAACGAGGCAAAGUAAAAGGGACUCAAGAGAUGAAGAACAAUUACAAUAUCAUGGAAAUCAGGACUGUGGCAGUUGGAAUUGUGGCAAUCAAAGGGGUGGAAAGUGAAUAUUAUCUUGCAAUGAACAAAGAAGGAAAACUGUAUGCAAAGAAAGAAUGCAAUGAAGAUUGCAACUUCAAGGAAUUAAUUCUGGAAAACCAUUACAACACAUACGCAUCAGCUAAAUGGACACACAGUGGAGGAGAAAUGUUUGUUGCCUUAAAUCAAAAGGGGGUUCCUGUAAGAGGGAAAAAAACGAAGAAAGAACAAAAAACGGCCCACUUUCUUCCUAUGGCAAUAACCUAAUCAUAUAUGGUAUAUAAGAAACCAGUUCCAGCAGGGAGAUUUCUUUAAAUGGACUGUUUUCUUUCUUUCUUUCUUUGUUUCUUUCUUUUCUUUUUUUUAAGUAACCAAGAAAGGCUGGAAAACUACUGAAAAACUGAUCAAGCUGGACUUGCGCAUUUAUGUUUAUUUUAAGAGACUGCAUUAAAGAAAGAUUUGAAAAAAUAUACACAAAAAUCAGAUUUAGUAAGUAAAAGUUGUAAAAAAUUUUAAAACUGGUUGUACAAUCAUGGUGUUAGUAAUAGUAAUUUUUUUCUUAAAUUAAUUUACUCUUGAGAGUAUGUUAGAUUUGAUUAUCUGAUAAUGAUUAUUUAAAUAUUCCUAUCUGCUAAUAAAAUGGCUGCUAUAAUAAUAGAAAUAAUGCAGAUGAUGUUAUAUAAGAUAUGUCAGACCAAAGGCUGCUGGAAUGACUUGUCAGAUAAUCAAGCCAAACUAAGAAUGGAAGAAGAGCAGUAUUUAAAAUUUAUUUUAGUAAAAAUAAUGAUCCACUUAAAUGCUAAUCAGAAAAAAGGAAUAUAUUCAAAAAUUCUAUUGUGGAAUUGAGUCAAAUAGCUUUACAAAUCAUGGGAUUAGGAUAUGCUUGUGCCUAUUAAUAAGAACAAACUCCUAAAGCUGCUCAAAUUGAAAGGGUUGUGAAAAGGAUGUUCUCAAAAACUUUGUAUAUAAAAUAGCAAUAAUGAUAAUACUGUAUUUCAUCUCACUUGCCACAAAAUAACAUUUUAUAAUCCCUAAAAGUAAAAUUCAGAAAUCUUUUUUUCCAGUAACAUAAUCUGCCUUUUAUAGAAUUCAUAUUCAGGAAUAUGGCUUUUGAUAAUGUUCUUCCCACAAAUAAUCAUGCUUUUUUCUGUGGUUAUAGCAUUAAACUCUAUUUUAAGUUGUAUUUGAAUUUUAUUGUUUUGUUAUUUAAGUUUAUGUUAUUUAUAAAAAAAACCUUAAUAAGCUGUAUGUGUUCCAUAUGCUUUUAAUUUUAAAGAAAUAACAAAACCAUCUGGCUCAACUGCUAAUUUCCCUUCCUCCUUUUGACUGACACCAAGUCUAGUAUAUAAUACUUGGGCCAGCAAAUCCUGGAUGAAAGACAAAAAUGACAGCCUGCAGCAGUGCUUACAAUUGAUGUCUUACAGAGAACAAUACAAAUAUGUGAAAAAUGUUUUGUCACACACGCUUGCCAAUUAAAUUGGAUCAUAUAAGCAAAAUCACUGCAGAUAAAAGAACUCACAGGAUUUCAAAGUUAAUAUUUCCUUACAUGGGAAGAAAAGUACCGUAUUUUAAAGCUAUAUGUAUUUGAAGUUAGUAAUUUCUAAUUUCUACAAAUCUCUGCCAUCCAAAAGAUGGCAGCGUUGAAUUUUUUUUUCUUCUGUUAGAUGGCAAGAACACAAUGCCUAAAAUAGAGGUUGUAGGGCCUUGACUAUCAUAAGGGCUUGAGGUCAGACUAGGAAUCACAGGCAUUUUAGAAAAAUGAGUUUCCACUUUAAAAUUCUUCCACUGACAGAUCUUGGCAUACUUGAAAUGCUCACCAAAUGGGAGGUCAACAUUUAUUUAAAUUAAAUCACUGGAUGCCAAUCAUUGUGUUAUAAUUUCAAAAUGAUUAUCAUUCAAUUUCCUUUAAUAAAUAUUAUUUGGUAAUUAUAGGUAAGAGUUGCAUUAAAAGCUUAGGUCAACAGAAAGAACAGUUACUUGAUUUUCUUGUGGUUCACCUGCAUUACCAGGUUGCAGGAAUCAGAAAGCAUUGCCCUUCUUCAGAUAUACUCUUGGGAGGAAGUCAUGAAUGCAAUUCCAAACCUUGCUGGCCCUGGUUUCAAGAUCAGGCUUCUUUGAUUGCAAACUUGUGAACAUAUUGAGGGCAGAGGAGGACUUAACAUUUUUCAUAUUUAUUUUCUUAUUGUCUAGUUGAAUGUCCAUAAAAAUUUUUCUAUAGAAUCACUCAAUGUUUGAAUAUUAAAGUUCAAAAUUAAACUAAUCUUAGUUCAAUUUAAAAAGAGUAAAAUAUGAUUAUAUAAAAUUUAAACAGGAAUAGUGUAUAUAUAUAUACAAGCUAUUUUAGGACCAAAUAUUCUUUGUCUACAGUUAUAGUUAUCACCAAAUUACACAGCAAUGCAGAAUUAGGUAAAAUCAGUAUUUAGUAGUAAAUGAAUUUCUGGUAGUCUAAGUCAUUUAAAAAUUUUUCUAGAAACAUAUACCUUUAAUUAUUUGUUUUUUUUUUCCUUUCUGAAACAUUUAUUAUGAAAAUUUUAUAAAAUAAAAUGUAUUCUAGUUGCAUAUACUUAAAAUUCUAGACUCUUAAAACUGUAAGGAGAUUUAAUCCUCUUACUCAUUUGUGGAUUGGGAAAUUGAGAUUUUGAUAUAGCUAAGUUCAUGCAACUGAAUAGAUUACCAGAUUCUUGGUCAUUUAGCACAUGCUCUUGGUUUAUGAUUAUUAGCUAGUGGCCUCCUGUUUUUGCUUUCUUAUUUCUUUUGAUAAUACAAACAAACAAAUAUGACCCAUAUUUUGGCAAUUUAUUUCAGACACAAUGACUGAUCUAUAUUGUGAUUUUUUGACUCAGAGUAAGAAAAGAAGUGAUGUAAUUUCCAAUUAUGAUUUUCAUUCAACUCUUAUGUGUACCCCUUUUUUUUAUAAAUGGAGAGCAUUGUACAAAUUAUCCACAUGAAUAGAGUAGCCCUUUCAAAAAUGCUCUUUGAAAGGGAAAAUUAGCUAAAUACAGGGGUUUCAAACAUUAGGAAGGAAGCAAUUAAAUAAAAGAAUAUGAAAUGUUAAUAGAAGAAUAAAAAUAUACUUUUGAUGCAGUAAGUAAACUAUUUUGACAUAAACUAUAGUAUAAAUUAUCAGCCUUUGGAUUUGAUUUGGCUAUAAAUUCAAUUUAAUGACAGAAGUGAAGGAAUGUUAGAGAUAAGUUCUUAGAGCUUCUACAUCUUAAGAGUAGAAGUAAAUUUAAGAGUUCACUCUUUUGGUUCUCCAUAGUGCCAAAGAAUAUAAAGAUUGACUAGGGUAUCUAGCUGUAGUAAAAGCAAUUCUAUAACGAAAUAUCCCUUAAGCAGUGACCCUCAGAAGUUUCUACUGAUGUAUGUAAACAUUAAACAAAGAAUAAGCCUAGAAAAGAAUAAGAGUCUAGGGAAUAAUAUAAAGGUGUCCUACCAAAGACAAAAAAAUUCUUGAAAGUCUCUCUUCUCUUAAAAUUCAUAUGAUUUUUUCAUUUUACUACAUGAUUCAUUUGUGUUUGCUCUAAAAAUCUCCAAUCAACACCAGUGAGUAAAACUGAUGAUUCAGAGGGACAUACAAGAUUUAUCAGGUGGCUUUAUUUACACUCUCACUUCACUGCUAUAUAUUUGUGUUACACAAAUAAGAAACAAAAGAUUUGGUAUCUCCCAUUCUCCAACUUCACAUAUAAAUAACACACAGCUAAAGAAAAACAAAACUUAAUCUAAGUUUACUAUGUACAGGUGUGGUAUUAAAAAUAUUUAACAGCCUGUUUGAGUGGUUACUGGCCAAGCAGAAUAUCUCUCUAUGUAUGAGAAUGGAUGCAAGUUAAUAUUACUAAUUUGUGGUAUUAGAUGAUUAUCAGCCUUGACCACAUCUAUGAUCAUUCUAGAACACUAUUUGAAAAAUAUCUAUUAAUUGGUCUGUCUGGUUUGAGUUUCAAAUGUGUAUCCAACUAUGAAAUAGUUCAUUAAAACUUCAUGUCUAACUGUU